AACGAGUAUGGCGGACUAGGUUGCUGGAAUCAACUUGCUUUUCCUUGCUGCAUUUCUUUUACCCGUUCGUCCACGUCAACCAGUGACUAACAAACCUUGGUUUCGCUUACGCUGCUGCGUUUUGGUUUCGUUCCAGUUUAUGCGAUGCCUGACGGACCCCGUCGCCUUACCCUCACGCUUCUGUUCGCGUCCCUUACGUAUUCACUCCUGAUAGUCACAUAUCAUGACGACGUCGUUAGUUGUUCCAAAAGCGAAUAGCCACAGGAGAAGCUGCAGCGACGGAAACGGGAGACGUCAGUCGCUGAGAAGUAGUAACGGCAAUAGCAAUAGUCGUAUAAGUAAGCUUGGUUCUAGAAGCGUAGGCACGUGCGACACUCAUAAACGAGACACAUUAGGGGGAGGCGUUGUCAUUGACAGGACGACCACCAAGGCUAGCUUAAGGUCAAAACGCAGAGGCUCCGAUAUAGUCACAGCCACAAACGAGAACUUUCGAACGUCAGCAACACGUGCCCCAAGAUAGCACAUCCGCUUUGGCUCCCAGGCUCAGCCGGGCUUGACCACUCCGAGCCUGUCCCCGCCGAACCUGGCGGGCCAUCAGGCAUGGCUGCCGAACCUGCAAGCUCGGGGCUGAGAAUAAACUGCUGGUGCCGGAGACUACAUAGACUCCAUGAACUACAUAGACCACAUCGACUACAUACAUUUCUUCUAGUUUUUAUACACGUGCUCUCAAUAACGCGGACGGCUGCUCAGAGUCCAGUCGAUGUGGAUAAGGCGGCUCUGCUGAACUUUAAAGCCCAUGUCACAGAAGAUCCUACAGGCGCGCUGUCCAACUGGAACCCCGACGACCCCGACCCGUGCUCCUGGACGGGCGUCGACUGCAACCCCUUCUCCCGCCGGGUCACUUCCCUCUCCCUCCCCUACCGCUCCCUCUCCGGCUCCCUCGACCUCCCAGACCCCUCCCUGGGCUCGCUCACCGACCUCCUCCACCUCUCCCUCACCGGCAACUCCUUUCCAGGCUCCUUCCCCUCUGCCCUCGCCCUCCUCUCCUCGCUACAGUCCCUGGAGCUAUCCGAAACGGAGCUGUCAGGGAAAAUCCCCGGGAAUACCCUCUCCGCCCUCCGCCGUCUAGCCGUUCUAGACCUGCGCAAGAACACGCUCUCGGGGUCAAUACCCCCAGAAAUCUCGGCUCUCAACUCACUAAUCAAACUAGACCUAAGAGAAAACGCUCUCUCGGGCUCCCUCCCUGCAGAAAUGCAAUCCCUAGGUCAGCUGCAGGACAUGCUGCUGGACUACAACCAGCUCUCCGGCCCCCUCUCGCCCGGUCUCCUAGCGUCUCUCCCCAUCAUCCAAACCAUCUCAGCAAGAGGGAACGGAUUCGAAGGCUCGGUCCCGAAGGAGCUAGGGUACGCGCAGCGGCUUUCAAGGUUGGAUCUGGGGGGAAACAGGCUGGAUGGGAGCAUUCCAGAGACGCUGGGGCAGAUGUGGAGUCUGACUUCGUUGAGGUUGGACUCGAACCGGAUAGGAGGGUUGAUUCCGACGAGGCUGAACACGCUGGCGCAGCUGCAGGUGCUGACGCUGAAUGGGAACGAUUUAGUAGGGGAACUUCCCCCGUUUAAUGGGCUGGAGAAUCUGGUUCGGUUUGACGUGUCGAAUAAUGAUUUGUUCGGGUCGACGCCGGCAGAAGGGCCCCUGGCGAAGUUCCCCCCGUCCUCGUUUGAAGGCAACCCGGGAUUGUGUUAUGGGGAAUGCCCGCCCUCCCCCCCCUGGUGGGACCCCAGUCCGCCCUCCCCUCCCCCUCGUGCCCCCCCGCCCCCCUUCGUCUCCCCAUCCGCUCCUCUUCCUCCUCCGCCUGCCUCUCCCCCACCGCAGGAGCCCCCUCCCCCGGUUCAGCCUCCUCCUCCUCUUCUCCCUCCACCUGUGUCCACUCCCCCUAACGCUCCCCCUCGGCUUCUUCCCCCUCCUCUUUCUUCUCCUCCUCUUCCUUCCCCUCCUCUGCUGCUCCCCGCUCCCCCUUUUCCUCCCCCCAAGCCCCCCUCUCCCCCCCGGAAACGCCCGCCCCCAUACCCCCGCUCUCCCCCUCCCAAUCCCCCCCCUUCCCCCCCAACCUCCCCUUUCUUCCCCGAAAUCACCCCUGCAGGUCCCCCAUUCAAGCCCCCCUCCCCCCCACGCCCUCCCCCCCGUCCGCCUCUGACCCCUCCCCCACUUGCGCCUCCCCCUGGUACCGCCCCCCCGCCAGGGGAAGGGCCUUCCCCCGCCCCCUCUCCUUCCCCCAGCCCUUCCCCCUCAUCCGCACCCUCUCCCGCUCCCACUUCUUCCCCCUCCCCUACUCCUGCUCCCGCUUCCCUUCUCCCUCCUCCUCUCGCCCAACCGCCCAUUUCUCCCCCUCCUAAUUCCUCCACUCCCCCACCCUCCCAAGCAACACCUCCUCUCCCUUCUCCUCUCACCCCUCCUCUCACUCCCCCUCUCACUCCCCCUGCCACCCCUCCUUCAAACUCCCUCCCACCACCACCACCACCAGCACCACCGCCUGGUGAUUCGUCUAGUAACCUAGACGUAUCCUCCUCCCCCACCCCACCUCCCCCCUCUACAAGCACCAACCCCUAUAGUAACGACCUGGCCUGGUGGCAGCUGCUCGCGUUAUGUGCUGCCUCGUUACUAGCAACUCUGCUCUUUGCAGCGCUGUUCACCUUUGGAUGCCCGUAUCUCUGCGGCAUGGCAGCACGGGCGAAGCACAGGUAUAAUGGGGUGCCUACUAACGAGGAUGCUGCUAUUAAAGCGGAAGCUGAAGCAGCAGCGGCGACGGCGGCGGUGGCAGGGGGAGCAGGAGCAGGGACUUAUAGCGGGCCGUACAGUAACGAGUAUGGAACGGGAGGAGCAGAGGGAGAAGGGGGGAUGGGGAUGCAGGGAGGGGAAGGGAUGCCUGCUGGUGGUGCUGCUGGUGGUACAGCAGCAGGCGGGGCAGCAACAGCAGCAGCAGCAGGAGGAGGAGGAGGAGCAGGAGCAGCAGGAGGAGCAGCGCUGAUAGGAGCAGCUGCUGCUGCAGCUGCAGUGGGUAUAGGUGCUGGUGCUGCCGGUGCUGCAGCAGCAGCCGGCUCAAAAUCACCAGGAGGGGCCGGAGACGAUGAUGAUGAUGAUGCAGAUGGUGUGGCGGCAGGAGCAGGAGGGGAGAGCAGCUCGUUGCUGGUGACCAUGUUUGACGGGAGGGCCGUGCGUGCAUCCGCGUUAUUAGCAGCCACGGACGAGUUCGGGCAGAGCAAGAUGAUCACGAGGGGCCCGGGGCCCAGCGGGGGGACGGCGUUUGUGGCGGACAUGCUGGGGGACGAAGGACCCAUGCUCGUGGCGAAACUGCUGCCCACGGUGACAGAGCAAGGGGAGGAUGGGGAGGAGUUUCCUGUUCCUAUGAGUCUGAAUAUGGAGGAAAUGCGGGCGCUGGCGGAGAUCGACCAUCCGAACGUGCUACCACUGCUGGGUUGCUGGGAGGAUGAGAUCACGGGGAGGCGCGUGCUGCUGUACGAGCUCAUGCCCAAUGGGGAUUUGAACGACUUCCUCUAUGAUGAGGAGCUUUCUGAGAACUCGCUAACGUGGGACGCGCGGAAGAAAGUGGCGAUAGGGAUAGCCCAGGGCGUGGCCCAUCUCCAUACCCUCACUCUCCCGCGGCCGCCCGGCUCCCAACUGGCCCCCGACCCUCUGGUGCACGGGUCGCUGCAUCCAGGGAACAUCCUGUUGGGGGACGAUGGGGAAGCGCGGCUGACCGACACGGCAGCUGCCCGCAUUGCAUUCGAUUCGGACGAUGUACACGUGGCGCCUGAAACACUUGGGUAUACUCCGCCUGAGUACAUGUCCGGCCCUACAACAGCAACCCCAGAGGGCGACGUGUUCAGCUUCGGCGUCGUUCUUCUCGAGCUGCUAACAGGCCGACCCCCCUUAGACCCCUGGUUCGCAGAGAACGAGCUGGGCGACGUGAUCGGGUGGGUGAACGUGUGUGUGGAGGAGGGGGCGGCGGGGGAUGUCUUGGACCCGAGGGUAGCGGAUAUAGCGGAGUGCGAGGGCGAGAUGCUGGAGGCGCUCAAGAUCGCGCUGGUGUGCGUGGGGGAGGAGGCGGAGGAGCGGCCCAUCAUGGCGGAUAUAGUCUCCAUGCUGGAGAGAGUAGGCGACGAGGGGGGUGGGUAGGCUGUGAGUUCUGGGUGCUGAAAACACAAGGCGCUGGCAGGAGGGCAGUAGUAGGGGGGGGCAGGAGGAGGGGCAGGAGGAGGGGCAGGAGGACAGGAGGGGGGAUGAGGCCAAGAGGGGGGCGUGCUGGACCCGAGAGUGGCGGGCAUAGCGGAGUGCGAGGGCGAGAUGCUUGAGGCGCUCAAGAUCGCGCUGGUGUGCGUCUUUUUAGUGUGCUGCACCCAUCACACGAUGACUUGCAUAUCAACAUCAUGAGGGACCUUCCACGGUCCACCUCAAUAACUAAAUGCCUUGAAAUAUCAUUGCAUUGAUAUCGCACUUUCGGAGUUUCCUCCCAGGAGGUGCCCUUCCUGUCAUUCCACGACCACGACCUCAUUG